GUUUGAGUGUUCAAGGACAAUAGCCAUCUGACUUUGGUUAUUCAAUAUGCGGAACAGACCAGGAUAUUGCAGCUAUUGCUGUGUGCACUAUAAUAACCUGGAACAGCAUAUAUCCAGUGAUCAACACAGAUACUUGACCACACAGAGUAGACAAUUGAUGGCUACCACUAGUUUGAUGGAUCGUUUCUUGCAGGAUGUUCUGAGGCACCACCCAUAUCAUUAUCAAGAAAGCAGAUCAAUGCAAAAUGAGAGACUUCAUAUGACUACUGUGUCACCUUCUGGAGUGGUUCCGAAUGACGAUUUUGUUCCUGAAAUAAUGACUGAGGAUGCUACUGGAGUCAGAGAAGAGAUGUCUUCCAAGGCUUCUGAACCUGUUGAAGAGCUGUAUUCUAAACCUAGUAAAUCUCAGGAAUAUAUACAGAGUGUUUCAAUUCGGCCAUCAGUUAUUCAAAAACUGGAGAAAGGACAGCAGCAGCCCUUGGAGUUCAUUCAUAAAAUUGGGAGCCAUAUGAAAGAAUUUAACCCAGUUGGUAUUGGUCAUGCUACAAAUAGUAGACAAAACGUAAUAUAUUCAUCAGUGGUUUCUAAUGCUUCUGUUAGUUGUUUACCUGAAAGUUCUCAUGAAAGACCAGUUACAACUAAUGCUACUACUGGGUUACCACUAGGAUCCCAUUUGGAUUCAGUUAACAAAUGUGACCCAGACAAAGUUGACAAAUACUUUAAACAGCUAGACAGGGGCUCUAAAAACGCUAUGCUAUCAUCCCAUCCAGAAACUUCUUCAAUAACUUAUCAGAAACCUAAAGAAUCAAACAGGAAAUCUUUAUGUAUAAAUUCAGAUAAAUUGGUUAUACAGGAAGAUGUAAAAUCUCAGGGUAAAACUUUGUCAACUGGCUCUAAAGUCCGUGAAUUUGUGGGUGCUGAAGGCUUCUUAAAAUUGGAAUCUCUUUCCAGAUUUACAGUAAACCCAACAGUCAACCUGAAUAAAACUGACAUGCCUUCUAAUAAAGGAAUCUUUGAAGAUGGCAUUCCAAAGCAUCAUGAGAAAUUCUUUCCUAAUAUGGAUCAUACCCAAGAAGGAAAGCAUUUGGUCUUUAACAAGUCAGCCUUCUUGGAACAGAAGAUCUCAGUGAGUUCUGAAAUGAAGUUUGCUGGUGGCUAUCUUCAGUCAGCAUCUGAUCACCAUGAAGAGGCUGUGCCAGACCUUUGGAAGGAGGAACAAAUUGACCAAGAAGAUAAGAACUGUGAAUCAAGAGGUUCUGAAAUGAGUUCUGAUGGCAGUUCCUCUUCUUAUUCACUGACGGACCAAUCUAAAGUGACUGCCAAAGAAAUAAACCUCUUAAAGGAAGUACAUGCUGACUUGCAGUAUAAGAACAAUAAAUCUUGUGUUUCUGAAAUAAGCUCUGAUUAUGAUGGCUCCCUUCAGUUGACUUCCAACCAAACUCAAGUAAUUGUUAAAGAUGUAAGUGUUCAGAAGGCAAUGCAUAUUAGGCUGGUUGAUGAAAGCUAUGAAUCUAGUGAUUCUGAGAUGAAGUUUGAUUGUGAUGCCUCACUUCAGUCAACUGAUAACUACCCCCAACAGCCUGAAAAAGAAGUAAACCUUCCCAAGGGGGCACACGUUGGCUUGGUUGAUAUGAACUAUGGAUCUGGUAGCUCUGAAAUAAGUGCUGAUUCUGUUUUCUCACGUCAGUCAGUGGUUGACCAAUUCCCAGUGGCUGUCACAGAAACAAAACUCUGGAAGAAGGUUCACAUUAGCUUGGUUGAUAAGAACUAUGGAUCGAGUUGUUCUGAAACAAGUUUCGAUUGUGAUGUUUCUCUUCAGUCAGUAGUUGACCAUCCUCAACUGGCUGUCAGAGAAAGAAACCUGGAGGAUAGGCUUGUCUAUCUGAAAGAUAAGAAUCGUAAGCCUAGUAGUGCUAAAGCACAUCUUGAUUGUGAUGUCUCUCUUCAGACCAUGACUGAUGACCCUCAGAGGGCUGUUGAAGAAAUCUAUCUUCUGAAAGAGAAGAAUGACAUUGUGGAUAUGAACUGUGGGUCUCAUGGUCCUGAGAUGAAUUUUCAUCUGAUGAAAACAGGUGCUAAGUUAGUGCCUGACCAAUCGCAAGUGGCAGUUAAAGAAGUAAACGCUCAGGAAGUAGCUCUUGACCUGGAGAAUAAGAGUGUUAAAUCUAGCAUUUCUGAUCUAAGUUUUGAUUCUCAUGCUUCUCUUUAUCGAUCAGCUAAUGAUCAACCUCAGGGGGAUUGUGGUGAAAUAAAUCUGAAAGCGUUAAAUGUUGAUAUGGAAAUUAAGAGCUAUGGGUGCUCCAGUUCUGAGUUGAGUUUUGAUUCCGAUCCUCCUCUUAUGUCAGUUACUGAGUAUACUGAGCUGGAUGUUGAAGAAAUAAGAAAGAAGCACAUUAACCUGGAAGAUGAGAGCUUUGAGUCAAUUAGCUCCAAAAUAACUUUUGAUUCUGAUAUUCCUCUUCACUCAGUAGUUGACCAAUCUCAAGUAGCCAUUUAUGAGGAGGAGUCUAUUGAUCUGGGAAAUAAGAGUAAUGAAUCUUGUGUUUCUGAAAUAACUUUUGAUUCUGAUAUACCUCUUCAUUCAGGGAUUUAUCAACCUGAAGUAGCUGCUAAAGAAACAUUCAUUCAGAAAGAAGAGUAUAUACACUUAGGAGGGAAGGAUGAUGAACCCACCGAUUCUGAAAUAAGUUUGGAUUCUUAUAUCCCUUUUCACUCAGUGGUUAACCAUCCAGAAGAAGCUGUUAAAAAGCUAAAUCCUCAAAAAGAAGAGUGGGCACCCUUAGAAAAUAAGGAAAAUGAACCUUGUGGUUCUGAAUUAAGUUUUGAUUAUGAUGUUUUUCGUUCAGUGACUGGAUGUUCUGAAGAUCCCAUUAAAGAAAGAAACCUUCUGAAAGAGGAGAUUAUACACUUAGAAAGUAAGGGUAAGGUACCUGUUGUUUCUGAAAGCAGUAUGAAGUCUGAUAUUUCUUUUCAUUUAGUGACUGAUCAUCCUGGCAUAGCUAUUAAAGAAGUAAACCAAAAAGAAGAAUAUGUAAAUUUAGCAGAUAAAGGUAAUGAGUUAAGUGUUUUUGAAACAAAUUUGGAUUCCAAUAUCCCUCUUCAGUCAGUGAUUCACAAACCUGAAGUGGUUGUUAAAGAACUAUGGCUUCAAAAAGAAAAGCAAGCUAAGUUAAAAGGUAAAAGUGCUAAAUUUAGUGGUUCUGAAAUAAACUUAGAUUCUGAUUAUUCAAUGACUGAAACUCAAAUAGCUGUUAAAGAAAUAGAUGUUCAGAAAGAAAAACGUGUUGUUCUAGAGAACAGGAGUGAUAAAUAUAGUGGUUCUGAAAUAACUUUGGACUCUGAUGUCCCUCUUCAGUCAAUGAAUGAAAAACCUCAAAUAACCAUUUUAAAGGAGGACCAUGUUGACCCAGAAGAUGAAAGUACUGUACAUAGAGGUUUUGAAAAAAAUUUGGGUACUGAUACCCCUCUUCAUUCAGUCAUUGACCAACCUCGACUAGCCCUUUUGAAGGAAAAACAUGUAGAUCUGGAAGAUACAAACAAUGAAUCUAGUGAUGGUAAAAUAGCUUUUCAUUCUGAUGACCCUCUUCAGCCAUUGACUGAACAAUUUCAGGAAGUGGUUGAAAAAACAAACCUGUGGAAAGAAGAGGGUAUGGGCCAGAAGAAUAAGGUUGAUGAACCUAAUGCUUCUAAAUUAAUACAUAAUUCUGAUGUUCCUCUUCUGUCUGUGUCUGAUCAACCUGAAGUAGCUGUUAAACGAAUAAACCUCAAGAACGAAGGUCAUGUGUACUUGGAAGAUAAGAACAGCCAAUAUAGUGGUUCUGAAAUGAGUUUGAAUUCUGAUCUCUUGGUUCAGUCAGUAGUUGAUCAUGCUCAGAUAACUAUUUUGGAGCAGGAGCAUACUGAGCUAGAGGAUAAGCACAAUCAAUCUUGUGGCUCUGAAAUAAGUUUUGAUUCUGUUGACCCCCUUCAGCCAGUGGCCAACCAGCUUAGAGAAACUGUUAAAGAAGUAAGCCUUUGGAAGGAUGAAGUUGACAUGGAAGAUAAGAGAGAUGAAUCUAAGUGUUUUGAAAUUGUGUAUGAUUCUGAUGUCCUUUUUCAGUCAGCGGCUGGCCAAACUAAAGUUGUUAAGGAGAUCAACCUUUGGGAGGAGGAUGUUGACUUGGAAGAUAAGGUGGUCAAACCUAGUGAUUCAAAAAUAGAUUUUGUUUCUGAUGAACCUCUUCAGUCUGUGGCUAAUGAAAUUCAAGAGGCUAUUCCAGAAAUAAAUCUUCUGAGGGAGGGACAUGUUUGUCUGUGUACUAAGAGCUAUGAACCCAAUGAUUCUGAAGUCAUUUAUGUUUCAAAUGCCCAUCUCCAAUCAGUGGUUGAGCAACCACACAUAUUGGAAGAGCAACAAGCCAGUUUGGAAGAUAAGAGCAAUGAUCCUUGUGGUCCUGAAAUAAGUUUUGUUUCUGAUGAUCCCCUUCAGUUAGUGACUAGACCACUUCAAAAAGCUGUUGAAGAAAUAGGUCUUUGGGAGGAAGGCCAUAUUUACCUGGAAAAUAAGAGAUAUAAACUAGGUGAUUUUGAAGUAAGUUAUGAUUCUGAUGUUGACUUCAUAGCUGGGCAUUCUCCUGUGGCUGUCAAAGAAAUAAACUUGCAAGAGAAGGAUCAUGACCUUCAUAAGAACUGUGAAUUUAGUGUUUCUGAAAUAAAAUGUGAUUCUGGUGUUCAUCUUCAGUUAGAAGUUGACCAACCUCAAGUGGUUUGCAAAGAAGUAAACCUUCAGAUGGAAAAGCAUCUUGGCAUGGAAGAAAGAGUCAGUGAACCUAGUGAUUCUGAAAUAGUGUGUGAUUCUGAUGUUCCUCUUCAAAUAGUGAUAAACGAACAAGUGUCAGACAAAGAAACAGAUCUUCAGAAGAUGCUAUUUGUGGACCUGAUGACCAGUGAUAACGAUUGUGAAAUGAUUUCAGAUUCUGAUGUCCAUUUUCAGCCGGUGAUUGACUCACCUCAGAUGACUGUCAAUGAAAUCAGCUGUAUAAAUGAAGAAAGUUUUGUUCCAGAAGAUGAGAACUGUGACUCUUGUGAUUCUGAACUAGAAUAUCCUCAAUCAGUGACAAACCAUUCCAAAAAGGCCUUUAAAGUAGUAAACCAGAAGCAAGACUAUAUUAUUCUGGAAGAGACAAGCUGUGAGCCUUAUAUUUCUGAACUAAAUUUUCAAAUUGAUGCCUCUCAUCAGUCCAUGACUUCCCAGUCACAAGAGCCUGGGAAAAAAAAGGCCAAAUAUAUUGACCCCAAAGAUAAGAGCUGUCAAUCUAAUCGUCCUAAAAGAAAUUUUGAACGGGAGGAGACUUCUCAGCCAGUGACUCAGCAACGCCAGAAGGCUAACAAAGGAGUCAACCUUUGGAAAGAUGUCGAAAAUAUUGGCCUAAAAGAUAAGAACUGUGAAUCGAGUGUUUCUGCAGUGGAUUGUAAUGAGUCUCCUGAGUUGGUGAUUCAUCAAAUGCCUGAUAAAGAAAACCUUUUGAAGUUAAAACAUACCAAUCUAAAAAGUAUGAGCUGUGAACCUUGUGGUUCUGGGAAGAAUUUUCAAUGUGAUCCCUCUCUUCAGUCUGACAAUGACCAGCCUCAAGAAGCUGUUAAUAAAAUAGACCUAUUUGAGAAGACGUCUUUUGACCUGAAAGAAACAAACCGUAAUUCCCAUUCAGGCUCUGUUCCCAUGGUUGAUUCUAUACGGAACCUGGAAAAAGCAAAGGAAGUCACGGAAGAUGAUCCUGAUGAACCAGUUCUUGAAGGCUUGCCUCAUGUCCCUCCUUCAUUUGUGGGGAAAACAUGGUCUCAGAUAAUGAGAGAAGGUGACGUGAAAAUUAAUGCUGUCGUGAAGGAAUUUAAGAAAGGUCGUUUCCACUGUUACUUUGAUGAUGACUGUGAGACCAGGAAAAUUAAAAAAAAAAAAUCGAAUGAAGGAAAAAAGGUUACCUGGAGUGACCUCAAUCAGGACACUACAUCAAUUCAAGUUCUUUCGGAUUGUGAUGAUAAUGCAGGUGGUAUUUCAGAUAUUGAUGACUUUUCAGUGGCCUUAGAUAAACCUAGCCAUUAUCCUUCAGCAAAGAAGCAUUUUGAACAAACAUGCCGAGUGGCUUCUCCAUGCCAGGCUAUAAAAGUCAGCCAUGGAACUCAAACCAAUCUUGCAAGUCACCCAGGGACAAAAAGAAGAAUAACUGGACAAGAGAAAGACUCUCCAGUAAGGAAGCGUUUACUUUUACAGAAUGACAGAAAAACAAGAAAGAAAGUAAAAAUUGGAAAAGUUGAAUUUCCUGAGUCCUGUAUUACAGUUUUGAAGCCUUUGCAACCAAAUGCCUUAAUUUAUGUUCUUUCUUCAAAUAUUAAGCUGAAGAAAGGUGAAUCCAACGACUUCUCUAAAAGGAGGCACGGUAGUAGAAAUAAUUGGGAUCUUAGCAUACAGUACAAAUUUAACCAGAGUUCCUUUAAUUGUUAUGACCCAUUGAAUAAACAGAUUGUAAUUGAUCCUUCUUUGAACAUAGAAGUACCGGGGCCUGACAGGAAUAACUGUAUGGAAAUUCAUUUUAGCCACCUAAAUUCUAAUGCAGGAGAUGGUGAUACUUAUGUACAAAGCUCUGCUUCGGCACCUUUUAUGACAGUGUCAGUAGGACAUGAAUUAAUGGCACAUCAGGAGGCCAGUGAAUCUGUGUUUCUGGAAAAAUCCAAGAUUUUGAAUUCUAGUGAGGUUUCAAAAGAAAGUAAUUUCCAGUCAACUCUUUUAAAUCAUGAUGUUGCCAAAAUUUCUCUGAAAUCAAUUAGAAAUAAGUUUUUGGAAAGUAAAAGGAAAAUUCAGAGAAGGAAGUUGACAACUAAUAAUAAGCCAGGUUUUCCCAAAGAAGACUGUAGACCAGUUAUUCCCCAGCAAAAAUCCAGAAUUGCUUCAGAAAAACGGUCGAUUUGGAUUCAGACCAAACUAAGUGAUAUAAUUAAAAAGUAUAUUCCAAAAUACUCUGUGUUUUUGCGUCACAAAUAUCGGUCCAGGAGCACUUUUGUUAGGAUGCAUCUUAAGAAGAAAAACUCUGAUGUCAGUAGGUUAAAGAAGGCAAAGAGACCAGCUAAAAUUCUUUCAAAUGCCUCGAUUCCAUCAGCUGGAGCUGAAGAGCAGUCAAGAGCUAUAGCAAGCUCUUCUCCCAAGCAACCUGUGCGGGGCUCUUCUGUCGUUGCAGGAAGUAAGAAGAAUGGUAAUAAAAAACGCCCUAGAAGACAACAAAGAAAACCUUCUAGACCUGUUAGAACAUAUGCUUUGAGAAGUAUGUAUUCUGGUGUACCAUAUUCUGAUAGAAUGAGGACACGGCUCUCUAACAAAUUGUGAGGUAAUGAGGUAAACUAGAGGUGUUUCUAUUAAGGGCUAGUUGAAGAUUCAGUACUUCAAUUGAAAAUAUAUUUGGUACCUAGUGUACAUAGCUUUCCUAACUUUGGUGAAAAAAAUGCACCUUCAACUAUUUUGCUAUAGACUUAUUUUUCAGAACUUUUAUAUUAAUUUAAAGUUAGU